AUGCCACAGUGGAAAGAAGCAACAAAAUCCAUCUUCCUGUCCUCAAUUUUGGUGUGUUGUAUGUUUGCGAGUGCAGAGUAUUCCAGCUGUGGAGAGUAUGAAUUCUUAAACCCAAGCAAUAACAGCUGCCAGGCAUGCCCUCAGUGCCAGCCAGGACAGGAGCCACACAUGACUUGUGGCUAUGGUGUGAAGGAUGAAGACUUCUCUUGUCUACCAUGUCCACCUGGGAAGUACUCCAAAGGUAAAUAUGAGAUCUGCAGACGGCACAAAGACUGUGACGCCCUCUACAAAGCCACAGUGCGUACGGUGGGAACACAGGACAGCGAUGCAGAGUGCGGACCUUGUUUACCAGGGUAUUACAUGCUGGACAAUAGACCCAGAAAUAUCUAUGGGAUGGUUUGCCAUUCCUGCCAGAAUGCACCACCCAACACCAAAGAAUGCAUGCAGUCCAAUGAGCCAGUACAAAAACCUCAGCCAGAGCUUGAGAGCACCACUGUUUUCCCUCAUCUUCAAAAAGACCCAACAGGGCAAGGUCAUCUAGCAACAGCUCUCAUUAUCGCCAUGUCAACCAUUUUUGUCAUGGCAGUCGCCAUUGUUCUCAUCAUUAUGUUUUACAUCCUGAAAGCCAAGCCAAGUGGCCAGGCAUGCUGCAACGGACAAGUGAAAUCAGUUGAAGCUCAGACCAAUAAACAAGAGGACAAGAAAGACGUCCCUGAUAAAGUGGUGAUCUACUCAGAAAAAGAUGAAUUUGACAAACUUCAGGCCUCACCUCAGAAGGCAGUCAAAAGUGAGAACGACGCAUCAUCAGAGAAUGAGCAGCUGUUGGGCCGCAGUAUUGACAGCGACGAGGAGGCGACAUUGGAGAAGCAGGGCUCCGUAGCGGAGACAAACAACCUGACCCCCAAUUUAGGCCUCAUCAAUGUGGGGAACAAGCCAGACCUUUGCCUGCUCGCUCUGGGCGUGCAGGAUAGUGAUAGCGCCUGCAACGGGACCGCCAACGUCGCAGCUAACCCCAACAGCAACCUCCCCAAUCCCAGCCCAAUGGGCAAUGUCAACCACAUCUCCAGCGCUAACCACAUCAGCAAUGUGACCGCAAUCAACAAUAGCAAUAAAAACCCUGGGAUGUUACAGAGUCGCAGGAAAAAGAUCCUAGAUCUGUAUACUACGGUGUGCAACGUGACAGAUGGCCUGAGCCCCACGGAACUACCAUUCGACUGCCUGGAGAAAGCUAGCCGCAUGCUGAGCUCCUCCUACAGCAGCGAGGCAGCAGUGGUCAAGACUUGGAGGCAUCUGGCCGAGAGCUUCGGCCUGAAGCGGGAUGAGAUCGGCGGGAUGAGCGACGGCCUGCAACUUUUCGAGAGGGUGAGCACAGCAGGAUACAGCAUCCCCGACUUGCUCACCCGCUUAGUGCAGAUUGAGAGACUGGACGCUGUCGAGUCGCUGUGCUCGGACGUUCUAGGAGGCAAUGACAUGACGGCUCAGGGCAGUAGACAAGGCAUCAGCAGUUUCCAUAGCCAGCUGGUUUGCCCGUCACCAUGCCAGCAGACUUCACAACGCUGCGCCAGUGUUUGA